GCUGUGCUUUCAGCUGCUCUCGCCAAUCAGAUGCACAGCUCGCGGGGGACGCUCUCCACGCGCAUGAGGCGGGCUGGCGGCGUCCCGGGAGCAAUGGAGCGGGACCGGGGAGAGUUGGUGUCUGCCUUCUGCCACAAAACUUCAUCUUUGGAGCGGAUGGAGGAGGAAGGCGAUGACGAUGAGGAUGAUGAUGAAUUGGACAUCUUUGGGGGUUAUGACAGCCUCACGUGCUACAACAGCAGCAUGGGCAGUGACAGCAGCUCCUGUCUGGAGGAGUCUAGCGAUGAUGAGGUGGCAGACCGGGAAGCUGGAGAACUUUCGACCUCUCCAAUGCACCAGCCAUCCACAGGCCGGCUCACAGAAGACAGUGGCUCCGAGCCAGCUGUGUGUGAAAUGUGUGGGAUUGUGGGCACCAGGGAGGCUUUCUUCUCCAAGACCAAGCGUUUCUGCAGUGUCUCCUGCUCCAGAAGCUACUCCUCAAAUUCCAAAAAGGCCAGCAUCCUGGCCAGACUGCAGGGGAAACCACCAACAAAGAAAGCUAAAGUUCUGCACAAGGCAUCCUGGUCAGCCAAGAUCGGGGCCUUCCUCCAUUCGCAGGGCACGGGACAGCUGGCGGAUGGGACACUGACAGGCCAGGAUGCACUCGUCCUGGGCUUUGACUGGGGAAAGUACCUGCAGGAGCACGGCUACAAGGCAGCUCCUGUCAGUUGCUUCAAACACGUGCCACUCUUCGAUCAGUGGGAUGAUGUGGUGAAAGGUAUGAAAGUGGAAGUGCUGAACAGUGAUGCUGUGCUCCCCAGCCGCGUGUACUGGAUUGCAUCCGUCAUCCAGAUUGUAGGAUACAGGGCCCUUCUGCGAUAUGAAGGCUUUGAGAACGAUGCUGGUCAUGACUUCUGGUGCAAUUUGGGCACAGUGGAUAUUCACCCCAUUGGCUGGUGUGCCAUCAACAGCAAAAUCCUGGUACCACCACAAACUAUCCAUGCCAAGUACACUGACUGGAGAAGUUACCUCAUGAAAAAACUGGUGGGAGCUAGGACCAUCCCAGUGGAUUUCCACAUGAAGAUGGCAGAGAGCAUGAAGUACCCAUUCCGGCAGGGCAUGCGGGUCGAGGUGGUGGAUAAGAACCAUGUGUCCCAGACACGUAUGGCAGUGGUGGACACAGUGAUUGGGGGCAGACUGAGACUCCUCUAUGAGGAUGGUGACAGUGAUGAUGACUUCUGGUGCCACAUGUGGAGUCCCCUCAUCCAUCCUGUGGGCUGGUCACGGAGAGUGGGCCAUGACAUAAAGAAAACAGAAGAAAAACGUAAUGACAUGGCAAACCAUCCCACCUUCCGGAAGAUUUACUGUGAUGCUGUCCCCUAUCUGUUUAAGAAGGUACGAGCGGUCUAUUCUGAAGGCGGAUGGUUUGAGAGAGGCAUGAAACUGGAAGCCAUUGACCCCCUGAAUCUGGGCAACAUCUGUGUGGCCACUGUUUGCAAGGUUCUCUUGGAUGGGUAUCUCAUGAUCAGUAUUGAUGGAGCAACAUCUGAUGAUGGCUCUGACUGGUUCUGCUAUCAUGCCUCCUCACAUGCCAUCUUCCCUGCCAACUUCUGUAAGAGGAACAACAUUGAGCUGACCCCUCCAAAAGGGCACGAUGCAAAGACAUUCAGCUGGGAACGUUACCUGGAAGAGACAAAAUCAAGACCUGCUCCAUCACGGCUUUUCAACACAGACUGUCCAAACCAUGGCUUCAAGGCAGGCAUGAAGGUGGAGGCAGUGGACCUGAUGGAACCCCGGCUCAUCUGUGUGGCCACAGUGAAGCGUGUAGUCCAGCGUCUCCUUAGCAUCCAUUUUGAUGGCUGGGACAACGAAUAUGACCAGUGGGUGGACUGCGAGUCUCCAGACAUCUAUCCUGUGGGGUGGUGUGAGCUGACAGGCUACCAGCUUCAACCACCAGUGGUUCCAGAGCCCACAACUCCAGCGAAGGCCAAGGAGGUGCCCAGGAAGAAGAAGAAAUCCUAUGGAAAGAAGAGAAAAAAGUUACCUGCCAAAGCCCGCAGUGUCAAGCAGACUGUCAAGAAGCCUUCUGCCACGAAUUCAAAAAGAGAAGCAAAAGCUGCCAGCCAGGCUUUGCCAGAGCCAGCACCUGAUGAGAUCAUUGCUGUGCGGGUGAAAGAAGAAACCAUUGAUCCUUCAGAUGCAGAAUUUGGAGAGACAGAGCUUCCUGUUCCCAUCAACAGCAUAAAGCAGGAGGACACAGACUGAUCUGGAGCAUUCCCCAGCUGGCCACAGCGGUUUUACCUUGUGGCUCUUUAGGGAAGGUCCUGGCAAAGGGAAAUGGGACCAAAAGGGCCUUCCUUUUGUAAAGCAGACCACCCUGCAGCAUCACAGCUCUGCUUUCCUGGUGUGCAAGAAAAUUUUCCCUAGAUUUGUAAUAUUAAGCCCUGGGAAACAGCAGAAAGACUGCAGGCUUGCUGAGGAGCAUGACCAGGGUGGCUGCUGUGGUUGUGCAUGCCUGAUUUUGAAGGCACCUUUUGGAGCAGGAGGUCAAAACAGGGAAAGAGGCUGCCAGAGCACAAAAGGCCAGUUUGGGUUCUUGGCUGUGGCUGGAGACGAUGAGCUGCUGUCCAACGUGAUGAGUGCAGGACGUAUCAGGAAAGGAGCUUCCCCCGUAGGACUUCGGUGCUGUGCUCUUUGGUCUAAGCACUGCGAACCCCAAGAAAAUCAGGACAGGAAGAGUGGAAAGAGGUGAAGAAACAAAAAGAGAUGAUGGUGCCUGCUGAAGAAGUGAGACCUUUUUUCAUAGAAUCAUAGAAUGGUUUGGGUUGGAAAAGGACCUUAAGAAUCUCAAGAUCCUCAUCUAGUUUCGAUACCCCUGCUGUGGGCAGGGACACCUUCCACUAAACCAGGUUGCCCAGAAACCCAUCCAGUCUGGCCUUGAACACUUCCAGGGAUGAGGUAUCCACAACUUCCCUGGGCAUCCUGUUCCAGUGCAUCAUCACCCUCACAGUAAAGAGUUUUUUCCUAAUACAUAAUCUAAAACUACUGUCUUUCAGUUCAAACCCAUUCCUCCUUGUGCUGUCACUACAUGCUCUUGUAAAUGGUCUUGUCCCAUCUUGCCUGUAUGUUCUCUUCAGGUAGCAGGAGACUGCAGUUAGGUUACCUUGAAGCCUUCUCUUUUCCAGACUGAACAAUCCUGAUUCUGUCAUUUCCUCAUAGGAGAGGUGCUUCAUCCUUUUAAUCAUUUUGGUGGCCUCCUCUGAACUUACUCCAACAGGUCUAUGUCCUUUUUGUGCAGAGGACCCCAGAGCUGGAUGCAGCACUUCAGGUAGGGUCUCACCAGGGCAGAGGGGGAGAAUCCCUUCCCUCACCCUGCUGGCCAUGUUGCUUUUGAUGCUUUCACUCAUCUCUUGAUGCUUGAUUGGCUUUCUGGGCUGUGAGUGCACAUUGU